AUGAAGCCCGGUUAUGCCCAGAAGAAGCCUCAAAGAUUCGAAGUUGUCCAUGUCUUCUCAUGCAAAUAUCCAAUGGUGAAUAUCAAGGAAGCCGCGCAAGCCGCAAUAACGGCCUACGGCCUCGCCACGGAACAGGGCGGGAACGCGUCCGCGCCGUUAGAGGGCGUCGCUGAUACGUUAGCCUCCUUCUACCUUACCAACUUCACGAGCUUCGCCCUCGGCAGCAUCAGCACCCUCCCGAACCACGAAGCCGCCACCGCGGGUGUGCUGUACCAGCUCAAGGCACUGAACCAGAGCGGCCUCGGCACAGACAUCCGGCUCCGCGGCGGCCGCGUCGACGUCGUCUCCGACCAAAGCGCUCUAUGCUGGGUGACGUUUGAGAUCAAGCCCCGGACAGACAAGAUCGAGGGGUGGUCGUGGACCAACGUCUACGGAUUCCGAGUGCAGGCGGGACGAAGCAACGGCCUCGACGGCGGGUGGGAGUCAAGCAAUGCCGACCAAGAAAUCGAGAAUCUGUUGGAGAGAGUUCCAAAUAUUUACCAGGGCGGAACCGUUUAA